CCAUACCAGUAGGGGGACUGAAGUAUCGGCAGGAGCAGAAAGCAGUUGGGAACAAAUCUUYCAACAACACAGAUGUUCCAGACACUACAACACCACAGCAAGGCUUUCUGAAUUUGAACACCAAAACACGGUUUGUUCGCAAGAAUCGGAAGCUACAACACCAUUCAACAAAUAAUGYCUAGGCGUGGUCCGUCAUCGCCCACGAAACACGUCCUAUUUCUUGCCUGCUGCUGCUGUUGCAGACUUGCCGUUCUAGCAGUCCUGUCCGGUCCACCGACGCUGGGAGUUCUUGCCUUUGCAUCUACCAGUACUUCCAGUACAAGCACCCGCCCCGGAAGCUUCAGUACCCUAGGGAUGACCCCCACCGAAACCCCUCCCGUUCCCUCCGAAGCAACCACCAGCGGCGACAUGAGGUUCGGAAAGUUCCUCAUUCCAAACGCCAGCGUCUUUUGCAGAACCCCGGCGUCUUCGACCGGAUYGCCGUCGCCCUCGGCCGCCGCCUUUGCCUUUGUCAAUCUCCGGCCAAUUGUUCCGGGCCACGUCCUGGUGGCGCCCRUCCGGGUCGUCCCCCACCUAUCGGACCUGACCGAGGAGGAAUACACCAACCUCUGGGGCCUAGUCCGGACGGUCCAGUCCGUCCUCAAGAAKGCCCAUGCCGGAACGACGGCCUUCAACGUGGCGGUGCAGGACGGCCGGGCCGCGGGGCAGUCCGUCCCCCACGUCCACGUCCACAUUCUGCCGCGGAACAGCAAAGACUUUGAGCGGAACGACGACGUCUACGACGCCUUGGAGGCCUGGGCCCCGACGGAGGCAAUGGCCAGCGCCAAAAAAGACGAGCCAUCCACCGACAUGGAGGUCCCGGACGACGCCGAUCGAAUGGACCGUACGGUCCAGGCUAUGGCCGAUGAGGCCGCGGUCUACAGGGGCUUGCUCGGUGAUGGAACCAGCGAAUAGGWGAGGGGAAAAUACCGCUUCCCCUGGAACCAAACCAAACCAAUCGCAUCGCAUCGCAGAGACAUCGAAACGAAAAUUCAGGGAACAAAAACAAAACAGCGAAAUGUGU